CGGAAGAUGUAUAGUGUUCCAGCGACACAGCUCAAGAUGUGUUCCAAACUCACCCUUUUGUUGGGGCUAGUGGCCAUAAUCGCUGCUGUCUAUGCUGCCGAUGAUCCCACAUCGCCGACAUCUCCAACAUCGCCGACAUCUCCAACUUCUCCGACUUCUCCAACUUCACCAACCUCUCCAACCUCUCCCACAUCGCCGACCUCACCAACAACACCGGAUGACCCCACUGCCGCCCCCUCUACGGCAUCCACAACCACAGAAAAGACUCGCAGGCGCAGGCGCAGGCGCAGGAUAAUCCGGAUCCGCAGGUUCAGGAGGGGCAACCGUCGUCGUGGAUUCGGUAGACGCAGAUUUGGUGGACGUGGAUUUCGUGGAAGCAGCUUCCGCGAAGGCGAAUUCGGUGGUCGCCGGUUUGGUGAGGGAAAUGUCCGUGAAGUCGUGAUCCGUGAGCGUGGAUUGGAGCGCAUCCUUUAAGAUCUAUAACGAAAAAA